AUGGCUAUGAGGGGUCGUUUGGAGGGGGAGGCCACGUUUCUCCCUAAUAGCAGAUCUUUCUCGCCAACGGUGCGGUUUCGUAACCCACGCAGUGAGUCGGAAUCUCGUCCCAAGACGGCACUGACAACGCUCACGCUACUGGGUGUCAUCUACACUGCAAGUAUCAGCGGUGGGUACGGCUUGGAGGAGUCUGUCAGCGCGGGAGGACCUCUUUUGACGAUAAUAUUUCUGUGCAUCAUCCCAUUUUUAUGGGGCAUACCCGUGUCCUUGUGCGUCGCAGAAUUGUCGUGCGCCAUUCCAUCCAAUGCAGGUCCUAUCAUGUGGGUGAAUGUAUCCUUUCCUCCGUGGUUUACAUUUUGUACGGUUAUAUGGACGGCCUUUUUAAACUUUGUGGACAACAGCCUGUAUCCGGCGGUGCUUGCGGAUUAUUGCGCGACGCUUCUGCAUCUUAAUUUUCUUGAGAAAUCGCUUGUAAAGGUGGUUUUCUUGGGUGUGUGUGCGUUGAUAAAUAUGGUGGGUAUUCAAAUCGUCGGAACCUUGAGUGUAGCGGUGAUGCUAGUAACACUCCUCCCCUUUCUUCUUAUGUUUCUUCUACAGCUCCCUUUCGGUUUCAAUUGGGAACGCAUCGGGUAUGUGCCAGCGAACAUUAAUUGGUCGGUGUUUCUCCCUGUUGUUGCGUGGAAUUUUUCCGGGUUCGACAGCGCGGGUAAUGUCAUUGAGGAGGUGAGCAACCCCAAUCCAACCUUUAUUCGGGCUCUUGGGCUCAUGAUUGUCUCUGCCCUGGCCACGUAUAUUCCCCCCAUAUUGGUAGGGUCGAGCGCCAAGGCACUAACAAACACCCCGUUUGAGGAUUGGGAUAAUGGGUUUUGGGUGAGGGUGGGGGAGGCGGUUGGUGGGUACGCCAUGGCAGUUGUCGUGACCAUUGGAGGCGUUAUUUCAACGGUGGGGCUCAUGACGACGCUGUUGGCAACAACCUCCCGCUCCCUGGCGGGGAUGGGGACCCUCAACGCUUUUCCGUACAUUUCUGGGUGGCUGUCGCACUACCACGACAAAUAUGGGACACCGAUCAAUGCCAUCGUGGUCAACUCAAUUGUCACGUGCGCUCUUUCCGUGUGUCUUUCCUUUCAUACACUUGUAGAGCUGGACCAAGUCUUAUAUGCUCUAUGCCUCAUUGCGAUUCUGCUUGUUUUCUUGGGGCUUCGCUUUAAGCAGCCUUUUCUAGAGCGCCCGUAUAGGGCGCCAGGAGGCCUAGUUGCGGCGCUGUUCUGGGGUGGGGUGCCAAUUGCAUUCUCGUUGUUCCUCAUUGCGGUAUCGAUGUUCGGAAGCCCCAUGCUCUUCUGGAGCACUAUUGCGGUGGUCGGUGGAACUGUCACCGUUUCCUAUGUUGGGGUGCGGUACUUUAGGCCGGAGGGGUUUGAGGGAAAGUUGGUUGAGGAGUACGAGGAUGCUGACAUGCAGACGUAUGGAACCCUCCUGGAGCAAGAGUGUAAUGAGUGGCGCAGGAUGCACCCGCACCAUACCUUUAUCGACCGUGAAUCGCCCGAAGAAAAUGUACUAUCCAGGCAUAAUUAG